ACCAAGCAAUCAAUGUUGCCCGUGAACGCAUUGAUCGCCACUCACUCGCUCCAGGCUCCCUAGCAAGGCAGCAGCAGAGCUCCUUAUUGAUUCUGACUACCUGCCUCGCGGCGCUGAGUUUCUAGGUAAACAGCUGGCUCUACCUUCGCAUCGGUCGACCAGAAUUGUUGAGAGCUCAGCCGCCAUCUCCGAAGGUUCACCGAGGGAUGCGUUGAAAGGCUUCCCGCGCGGUCCAUGUUCUGGAAGCUUCCCGCACAACUGGCGCUGUCGUGCGUCUACUGCGCCCUACGCGUGUCAUUCAUGUGGGUAGCCGCGUGGCUUUUCCCGUGGUGCGACCACCCGUCGGACUGCUUCGACUUCGGCGCCGAGCUGGCGGCCAGCGUUGACCGCCGCGUGGACCCGUGCGACAACUUCUACGACCACGUGUGCGGAUCGUGGAACAGCAGCCACGGCACCGCCAGGAAUCAGUUCGAACUACUGGCGUCGCGCACCAGGUUGCGGCUGUUUCAAGAGCUUGAAAAUAGCCCCAACAGCUCCUCGUUCACGUCCGGUUCCCGGAUGAUGGCCGGCUAUCAGAGCUGCCUCGCCGUGAUGAGUGAAAAGCAGGAAAACACACAAGCCCUGCACGACCUGCUCGCCGAGUUCAACCUCAAGUGGCCCUCUCUCGACCCACCGCGAAUGGAAUUCGACUUCCUACGCUUUCUUGUGGGACUCGGGCUUCGGUACGACAUCCAUCCGCUGGUCAAGAUCACCCUGGAGCCGUACCUGCUCACCGACGAGGGUUACUCCCUGGCCGUGGACGACACCGAUCGUCGGUCGUGGCGCACAGCGGACACCGACGUGCGGCCAGACUGCCUGCGCGCGUUCGCCGGCGUCGCGCACCCGGGAGUACUAAUGGAGCGGAUGGUGCGCGUGGGCAUCGACAUUCGGGCACUCGAAGCGGUCUCGUACGCCUUGCACCCAUACUCGCCACGUUAUUACGAGUUCAGCCAGCUGUACGCGCUUACAGGCUACCGCAUCAACGUUACCACUUGGCUGGACGUCUUCAACAGCUACCUCGCGCCAGACGGACAGGUGGGCCCCAGUGACGUCUUCUUUGCGCACAGCCAGAGCCCGCUCUUCAUUCUGUGGAACGUGUUGGCCCGCUACGAAAACUCUAUGUCCGACCUGAUGUUGUUCUUGGGCUGGAAGGUGGUCAUGAACAUGGCAUACGCCUUCUCCGCAACGCUGUCCGGCUGUUCCAAGAAGUCACGCUUCCGGGACUCUCCAUUGCUGAGUGCCGAGAUCUGCGUUGACGCCAUGUUGCAGCUGGCACCGGCUGCCAUGGGUCACCUACUUCUCAGGGCCGUCGGGCAUAUGGACAUGGUGAAGCAGGCUGCCGCGCUCACCGAGCAAAUCCGCAACGCCUCCGUGCGCUCUUUCCGAAGCCUCGCCUGGAUGGACGCCAACACUUCAAAGGCGAAUGUGGACAGGUUGACAAAUGUCGUCAUCGUGGACGGAAUCGCGACUCACAUGCUACAACCGGGUGCCGCCGACAAAAGCUACGACUUCCUGCCUUCCUUCUCGAAGGACGCGGGCGCCUUCGGUUAUCAGCUCCUCGAGGCUCGCCGGCGUCGCUUCGACAAGCUCCGGCGCCUCAUGUACACCGACCCGGAGAAGAUCAAGCGCCGCAGCGAUAUGCUGCUGCCGGUCAUGACAGUGAACGCCUAUUACAUGCCGGUCUUCAACGUGGUCCUCAUCCCCGGGACUAUACUGCAGUCACCGUUCGCGAUGGACGCUGAUGUGCCGGCCAUCAACUUCGGCAGCCUGGGCCGCGUCAUCGGACACGAGCUGUCCCACGCGUUCGACGCUACCUAUUCGACACUUGACCAGCACGUGCAGCCGCUGACGCUCUACAGCCCGUCCUCGCGCAAGGAGUUCCUCACCCGCCUCGCCUGCCUUGCCAAACAGCAGAUCAAUGACGCUUCGGGCAGCCAGACCCUGGGAAACAACUCCAUCUCGGAGGCAUUCGCCGACAACGCGGGCCUCGAGAAGGCUCAGCUGGCAUUCAAAGCGCUGCUGCGGCAAGAGUCCGAGGUGAAGCCGGGUGGCAAUGGCCCGGCAACUUCGUUGGGCUACACAGCGCAGCAGCUGUUCUUCGUCAGCGGCUGCUUCAUGUACUGCUCCGACCAGGGCUACACGUUCAGUCGGAACGCCUUCUACCCGCCUCCGUUCCUGCGCUGCAACGCGCCCGUCAUGAACACGCGCGAAUUCGGGGUCGCAUUCGGCUGCGCACAGGGCGCCCCCAUGAACCCCAUCAUUCGAUGUAACUUCCACUGAUACCUGUCCCCCUAUUUAUUUAACGCGUGACACAAGAGGGCUAAGAUAGCGAUAAGAGCCGACGUAUGCACCACCCCAAGCAGAGUAAGCAUUGUGGGUGUGCUGAUGCGUGAACGUGUAAGGGACGCUGUCACACGCUAACGCGAAAAGUCAUCCAGUUUUCGCCACGUUUCGUUCCGGCACCGCGGUGCGCUGAUAUAUCUACCCACGCAGAACAUGUGUGGUGGUGCAGUAAACGAAUGGCUAUUAGGCACAGAGUGUUUUACAACACCUCACCCCAUUCCCGUUGGCGAACAAGGCGCGUGCUAUUAAGUACUUCUUUUACAGUAUUCCUGUCAGAUGUCCUCUAGUAAUGAUUUGUACUUCACUGAAACCAAAUGUGUGUUCUCUUUAAAAAGCUUGACCAGUUGCAGUA